AUGGCCACCCAGCAAGCCCAACUAGAGCACCUUUUUCGAUUGCUCGAUGCAGCACGAACAACGACCAGCCUCUCGCUCGCCGGUCUGGUCAUAAUUGCAUACGAUCAUGUCCUGACCUUCGCGGAUGAGAUUGAACAUAUCUGGAAAAGUCGUCUCAGUCCCGCCAAUGUAUUUUAUUCUUUGGCGCUCAUUCCGAAAGCUCCCCUUCAGAUUCGAUACUUCACCCUCGUUACCAUGAUCAUCAAUGUUGUAUUUAUCGUUCAAGUGGAGGACUCAGGAUCGGACAAGGUAACCCUCAUGUCUAACUCCUACCUGGGAUCACAUCUGACCAACUCUUUAGUUAGUGUCCUCAAUUUUCAAUCUGCAUCAUCCACGCUUGUUGUCGUGUCUGCUGACAUUGUUCUGGCGAUUCGUGUCUGGAUUCUAUACUGCCGAUCUCAGACGCUGGCUUGGAUACUGUUCCCCAUUCUUGUUGCAGAGAUGAUUGCCAUGUUGAUUGUGGGGUACUUCUCUAUCCAACCGCUUCGACACUUCGUACACGCAGGCUCACUUGUUCAUGGAUGCUAUUCACUUGAGGUCCCUCGACUUCUGACGUACUUCUCCCUUCCACUUCUUAUCGUCGCUUGCAUCAUGUUUACACUCACGAUAUAUAAAUGCGGAAGGACAAUACAUGCAUUAGGUUUUGGUCGCACCCCCUUGCUGGAGAUGUUCCUCCGCGAUGGUGUCUUUUGGUUCUUGGCUACCCUCCUUUGCUGCAUCUUUGAUUUCGUGGUAUGGUCUCGUGGGCCACCAGAGCUAGCGCGGCUACCAAUCAUCUUUACGACUGGCCUGCUAUCUGUCGUGGGCACUCGCGUUCUGAUGAACAUAAAAACGGCCAUCGCAGGAAGCACUGACCCAUCUGGACGGAGGAUUGUCGAGUCUACAAUGCUCCACUCCGGCUCAAGGACCAUAACACCCUUCGAAAGAAUGCCCGCGAGGCGGCUGGGUCAAGAGCCAAGCGGCCAGGCCACACCAUGGUAUCUAGACUCGGUGGUUCCAACACCAGCUACAUAUCCAGAAUGGUAG